GUCAAGGCCUGUUGAGAGAAUAGCAGAGAUCAAUGAUGGAAAAGAGCUUUGGAAGAUUGUUGUUAGGAUUCACCACCGAUGGAAAGUUGUCUCCAACAGCAAGGAACAUUUUGAAAUGAUCUUUGUUGACAAAUUGGGAGAUGAUAUUCAUGCUGUUGUUCCAGCACCGCAUGUGUCGGUUUUCACCGAAAAAUGCUUAUUAGGCCAUACUUAUACUGUAUCUAAUUUUAAGGUGGUGCCUUAUGUUCUGGCCUUCAGGGCAUCGGGACACAGAUAUAUGAUAAAGUUUACUGCUGGAACGUCUGUUCUUGAUGAAGACAAACAUGAGAUACCCCCGAAAUCGAUUUUAUUUACAAGUUUUUCAGACAUCAUAACAGGGAGGUUUGACAAACAUGUUCUGAUUCGUGAGUAUGGUUUUUGGUUUUUUUAUUGUCUCAUGUUUUGGUGCAUUAUAGCCGUGUGAAAUUAAUAAAUUUAUUUCAGAUGUCGUUGGAAUGGUGGAUAGUAUUGGUUAUGCGCAGACUGAGUCAGGUGCAAAGAAGCAGCAAAUUAGCAUGAUGUUGCGUGAUCACAGCAACAACAUGUUGAACUGUACUCUGUGGGAAUCAUACGCGGAUCAGUUCAUCAAGUUUAACAAAGUUAGGGUUGCUGCAUCACUACCUACAGUUGUGUUGCUUCAGUAUGCCAAAGUGAAGGAAGAAGGAAAGUAUCCUCUGUCUGUGACAAACACCUACAAUGUGACCCUUUUAUGUGUUGAUGCUGAUUUUCCGAUCAUGAAAGACUUUAUUGAUAGAAUGCCUGAGGAGAGCAAGGUAACCCUGUCUGACCAACUUGGAGGGAAUUCCCAAUAUUCCUCCCAAAGUUCUGAAAAUCAACAGCUCACUCCUGUGCAAAAAUUGUUCUCAAAGGCUGUUGUUUUGCCUAUUGCUGAGAUUAUUCAACUUACGGAUGUUACAUUUUGCGCUACUGUCGCUACAACAAAAUUAUUAGUAGCAUCUCCGUUUGGAUGGUUCUAUCGUGCCUGCCAUAUGUGUCAAUCUAUAGCGCGCGGGGACAGCCCCCCCUUUGAGUGUGAAGCUGGUCAUGAAACCAUGGUUGAAGUCCUUAGGUAUAAGAUUGAAAUUGAGGUUACUCACGGGGGCCAAAGCUGCAAUUUUGUCUUCUGGAACAGAGAAUGUGAAAUGCUGUUGGGUUUAUCUGCAUCGCAACUUCGUAACACUAUGAUUCAGGUUAUAUUUAUAUUGUGCAGACGAAUUAGAAUGUACUUUUCAAUACUCUGUGUACACUAA